AUGAAGGACCUACAGCAUGAAGAGCACAUCGAAGACACCGAGAAGGGUGCCUUCCACCAUGAAGAGAUCAUCGACUCAUUCAGUCCAGCCGAGCAGAAGAAGCUCAUUCGACGAAUUGAUAUCCGACUCGUCAUCACCCUCGGUUUCCUAUACUGUGUCAGUCUACUAGACCGAACGAAUCUGGGGGCUGCUUCUGUUGCCGGAAUGCAGGGCGACCUGAACAUGAACGCCUCCAACAACGGAUACAGCAUCACAUCACUACUAUUCUUCAUCACGUACACGAUCUUCCAAAUCCCAGCAACAGUAAUUAUCCGCAAGAUCGGCCCGCGCCUCUUCCUCUCAGGAAUUGUCCUGUGUUGGGGCGCGGUAAUGAUAGCCUUCGGCUUCGUCCCAAAUUGGGAAACAAUGGCAGGCCUGCGCAUUAUCCUAGGCGCCCUAGAAGCAGGCCUCUAUCCAGGCAGCGUCUACCUCCUCAGCACAUGGUACCCGCGCUACGAGCUGCAAAAGCGCAACGCGGCGUUCUACCUAAUCGGCAGCAUGGCGUCUGGCUUCGGCGGUAUCCUAGCAUACGGAUUAAUGCAAAUGGACGGUCUGGCCGGGCGAGCGGGGUGGAGGUGGAUAUUCAUCAUCGAAGGCCUGCUCACCUGUGUCCUGGGAAUCGGCUCUUACGUCCUCCUCGUCGAUUUCCCCGAACAGUCGCCCAAGUCGUGGAAAUUCCUCAGCAAGCCGGAAUCAGAGUUCGUGAUUGCGAAGAUUCAGCAGGAUCGAGCGGAUGCUUCGGUAGAGCCGUUUUCUAUGCGGAAAUACCUCGCCAAUGGCAGGGAUAGUAAAGUCUGGGCUUAUGCUGCGUUGUAUAUGCUCACGACGACGAAUAGCUAUUCGAUCGCGUAUUUCUUGCCCAUUAUUCUGGAGAAGAGUAUGCAUUUCUCUGUUGCGGAGGCACAGUGCCUCGUUGCGCCGCCGUAUGUAGCUGCUGCGAUUGUGAUGUUUGUCCAGGCUAUCUACUCCGAUAAAUGGCGCUUGCGCGGUCCUAUUGUGGCUGGAAAUGCGGUGAUGGGACUGCUUGGUCUUGGACUUUUGGGAUACUUGGACCAUGCUGCGCCGAGGUAUUUUGGUGUUUUCUUGGCUACUAUUGCUGCAAAUGCGAAUUGUCCUGCUCUAGUCUCGUGGCAGAGUAACAAUAUUCGCGGACAAUGGAAGCGAGCUUUUACAUCGGCGACAUUGAUCGGUGGUGGAAGUAUCGGAGGCAUUAUCGGAACGACUGUCUUCCGCGCUCAGGAUGCUCCGAAUUAUCGACCCGGGUUGCUAUGCGCAAUGCUGGCCAAUGCGUUGAUUGUCGUAAUUGUGGCUGCAAUGACGUGGAAGUUCCGUCGGGCGAAUAAGCGCGUUGAGGCUGGUGGGAAGCCCAUUGAAGGGCAGAUUGGGUUUAAAUAUACAUACUGA